AUGUUUCUUAAAUCUGAGUGAAGAGGAUGAAAAACAAGUACAAUAAAAUAGAAAUUAUUUAAUUAAUUAGGUAUAAUUUUGAUAAAAAUUAUUAAUUGGGAGCAUAUAACGUGCAUUAUGAAUCAUUAUGGAACAAGAAUUUAUAGGUUGCAGAGAUCCGGUAAGUAUGAGCAUAUUGGUUUAGCUGUGAAUCUCUUUCCCUUUCCUUUUUCUUUCUCAAUUUCUUUUAAUAUUCUCUCUUUCACAUGGCUUCUUAAUAAUCCCAUUUCUCUUUCCUUCUCUCUCUCUCUCUCUCUCUCUCUCUCUCUCUCUCUAUGUUUGAGUUUCAGCGAUGUGGGAUUUCUUUUAUACUACCAAAUCAUGAGCUCAAUUCUUGCUUUUCUUCUUCUUCUUCUUCUUAAUUUUUCUUGUAAUGGACUUAAUUUUGAUGGGGUUCUCUUGCUUUCCUUUAAGUAUGCCGUUUUGGACGAUCCUCUGUUUGUUCUUCAGAACUGGAAUUACUCCGAUGAAACUCCCUGUUCAUGGCGAGGAGUUCUAUGUUCCGCCGGUGGUUCUAGAGUUACAGGUUUGUCUCUUCCCAAUUCUCAGCUUAUGGGCUCUGUUUCUUCUGAUCUGGGUCUGAUUCAGAAUCUUCAAUCGGUUGAUCUUUCUAAUAAUUCCUUUAAUGGGUCUCUCCCCCGGUCUCUGUUCAACGCCACUAUGCUUCGGUUUCUUGAUUUGUCGGAUAAUUUGAUUUCCGGCGAGGUUCCCGAGCCGGAGGGUAGCCUUGGGAAUCUCCAAGUUCUUAACCUCUCCGGUAAUGCUCUGUUCGGGAAGUUUCCGAGUGAUCUCGUGAAUUUGGGUAAUCUUACGGUUGUGUCUCUGAAGAACAAUUACAUUUCCGGUGAAAUUCCUGGUGGGUUUAAGACGGUGGAGGUUUUGGAUCUGUCUUCCAAUUUGAUUAAUGGGUCUUUGCCCUCUGAUUUUGGUGGUGACAGUUUACAUUACUUCAACAUUUCAUACAACAGACUUUCCGGCGAAAUUCCGCCGGAUUUCGCCCACAAAAUUCCGGCUAAUGCCAUAAUUGAUCUCUCCUUCAACAACCUCACCGGCGAAGUCCCUGUUUCAGACGUGUUCAUGAACCAAGAAGCAAACUCCUUCACCGGAAACCGCCAACUCUGCGGUGAGUUAACGAAGACCCCAUGUCCAAUUACUUCAUCGCCGUCGUCUCUCCCACCGGCGAUUGCCGCCAUUCCGUUAGACCCAAGUACGCCAGAAACGACAUCGUCGGAAAAACAGAGCGAAACAGGGUUUAAACCAUCCACAAUCGUGGCCAUUGUACUAGGAGACGUCGUCGGAUUGGCAAUUCUUUGCCUCCUCUUCUUCUACGUCUUCCAUUUGAAGAAAAAAAACAAAGCCGUCGAAACCCAUUUGAAAAACGAAGCCAAUUUGGCCAAAGAUAGUUGGUCCACAUCCUCAUCGGAAUCCAGAGGAUUUUCCCGAUGGUCCUGUUUGAGAAAAACAGGGGAUCCAGAAGAGGCAAAUUCCGAUCAAGCGAGUGUGUUAUCCUUCUCCGGCCACCGUGAGACGGCGGAGGAAGGAGGAGAAGCAAACAAAAGAGGAACAUUAGUAACAGUAGACGGCGGAGAGAAGGAGCUGGAACUCGAUACAUUGCUGAAGGCAUCGGCGUACAUUCUGGGCGCCACCGGAUCAAGCAUAACGUACAAGGCGGUGCUGGAAGACGGCACGGCGUUUGCAGUGAGGAGAAUCGGAGACGGCGGAGUUGAAAAAUAUAAAGAUUUCGAGAAUCAGAUUCGUGCUGUGGCUAAAUUGGUUCACCCAAAUUUGGUUCGUGUUCGUGGAUUUUAUUGGGGUGUUGAUGAAAAGCUCAUUAUUUAUGAUUUUGUUCCUAAUGGUAGCCUUGCCAAUGCUCGUUACAGGAAAGUGGGCUCUUCGCCUUGUCAUCUUCCAUGGGAGGCCCGAUUGAGAAUUGCAAAAGGAGUGGCCCGUGGCCUUUCUUAUCUCCACGACAAGAAGCAUGUCCAUGGCAACUUAAGGCCCACCAACAUUCUUUUGGGCUUCGAUUUGGAGCCCAAGAUAGGUGAUUUCGGCCUCGACAAGCUCUUCUUAGGCGACUCGAGUUACAAACCCGGUGGUUCGACUCGAAAUUUCGGGAGUAAAAGGUCUACAGCGUCUCGGGAUAGCUUCCAAGAUUUUGUCACUGGACCAAGCCCUGGACCUAGUCCGAGCUCGAUUAGUGGGGUGUCCCCGUAUUUAGCACCAGAGUCACUUCGAAACUUGAAGCCCAAUUCAAAAUGGGAUGUGUAUUCUUUUGGUGUAAUAUUGCUUGAGCUACUAACGGGAAAGAUUGUAGUGUUGGAUGAGUUGGGCCAAGGGCUUGGGCUUGCAACCGAAGACAAAAGUCGAACAUUAAGAAUGGCUGAUAUGGCGAUUCGAGCUGACGUGGAGGGCAGAGAAGAAGCAUUGUUAUCCUGCUUUAAAUUAGGAUAUAGUUGUGCAUCUCCUACCCCACAAAAGAGACCAUCCAUGAAAGAAGCCUUGCAAGUUUUGGAGAAAUUUCCAACCAUAUCCAUGUCAUCACACUAUUAUGGUCUCUAGCGAAAAAAGUUAGAGGAGGUGUUUGUGUUAUUGACCCACAGUCCCAUGUUUGUAAUUGUGUGUGAGUGAUUGAUGAAUUGAAUAGAUUAGCAUUUGUUAUGUUCUCAACUUAUCAUCCACUAAUUUUUUUAGUAAAUUACAUUUUUGUUCCUUAUGCUA